AUGAUAAUGUUUAACAACGAGAUACCUCGAUGGAGAAAUGCCGUAACUAAUGCUCACGAUGGUAUACUUCGAAGUAAACUACAUUUUAUUGGAGUUAAUCGAGCACCUACUCUGAGUAUACAGAAACUGGAAAAUGCGCAGAUGAAUGAAGCUGCGCCGCAAAAUGGCCCACAGGAUGAGAAGAUUACCACAUCAAAAUCUCCAACUGCUAAAGGAUCUAAAACAAGUGUCACCACUUGUGUGACUGCCGAGGGUCCAUCUGAACCGAAUAAAACUAACAGCGAAGUGACGGUCGAUAUGCCAGAAGAAAGUGAACCAAUCACAGUUAUUGAAGCUCCACGUCGAAACAGUUCUCAUUCAAAAAAGAAGCCUUCUCGUAUUGUCAUUACUACUGAUGACAAUUCCCAAUGGGAAACUUUUGAUCCUAGUGUGUGCGACUCUUCUUACCAAUGGCUUCAUAGAGAGACGAAAAAAUCGGCGCAACAAGCUAGAAAAUGCGUUUCAGACUCUUCAAACAGCGGUUUGUUCACGGAGCUGACUGAUGAGGAUGGAAGCAAGACUGAAUCUGCGAAAUCUGUUCGCUGCGGUUAUCACUCGGUCUCAACCUUGCGUUCACGCCUGGAAGCGAAAAUUCGCGGAAAUGUUUCCCGGAGAUCAACGAGGACCGCAAAAAAGCGAAGUCCUGUUUUGACUCAAGUGAAGGAAGCAUCCACAAAAUCCUUGCCUUCCAUAGAAGAGUUACUACCGAAAUCGCGUCCUGCCAUCGUAAUUACUCCAGCCACGCCUGUGGAGCGACUCCGACUUGCUGGACGAUCCCAGUCCGAAACUGAGUGCAGCACUCGAAUAAAUAAAGAAAAGCCUGCCGUAACCUCCUACGACGACUCACUGUUAGAUAUCCCUCAAUCCGAACGAAUCAGUUACCCCAAAAGACAAAAUGAAGACUGGCGAAACAUGCCGCUGGAUAAGUACAACCAAAAUCAAUGGUGGGCUCAACCGCUGCGAGUGUAA